CGCUGUGGUUUCAGGUGGAGGCGCUGCGUCGUGACGUCACUGACGCACCGAGCAGCUUGACAAACUCUGACGGAGCGUCGCGCUCAAGGCGGAUAAAAGUCUAAAUCCGUCGGGAAUAACGGCAGCAAACCGAGGCUACCUGAUUUCACUUCGUCUAACAGAGCUGGAGACGCGUUGAAACCGCAUUCAAACGCUUUAAAUCGUGUCGUCGAUCGCUGAGGAGUUCGGGAAUGUCGGGAAUAAACUUCCUGUUGAGCUUCAGCCGCCUGGAGAUUAUCUGAAGGUGUUUUACCUGAACACUCAUCACUCUUCUGCCUCUUCUAAAGCCUCUUCUGUGUGUUUUCACAGGGUUUAAAAGGCUUUAUUUGUGCUGUCAGGUUUCAGACGAUAUCUUCUGUGAGCUCUGGAAACCGCUGGAAACCCGCAUCUGAAUGUUGAUCUGAAGAUGAGCGUGACGUCGUGGUUCCUGGUGAGCAGCUCUGGCACGAGACACCGUUUGCCCCGAGAGAUGAUCUUUGUGGGCCGGGAGGACUGUGAGCUCAUGCUUCAGUCUCGCAGUGUGGACAAACAACACGCCGUGAUCAACUACGAUUCGUCUGCAGAUGAGCACCUUGUCAAAGACUUGGGCAGCCUCAACGGGACCUUCGUGAAUGACCUUCGCAUCCCCGAUCAGACCUACAUCACCCUGAAUUUAUCAGAUGUCAUUCGUUUUGGAUAUGAUUCACACAUCUACAUCCUGGAGAGAAGCCAGCACAAAGUGCCCGAGGAAGCGCUCAAGCAUGAAAAAUACACCAGUCAACUUCAGCUUGGUCAAGAGACGCCGGAAACCAAGAAACACAUUCAGACAGAUGAGAGAUGCCGAAACUCAGACGUGUUACGCGUCAAAUCAGACCAAACAGAGCGGAAAAUCAUCACAGAUCCGUCUGUGUCCAGACCCACUCCUCUGUACGGUCAGCCAUCCUGGUGGGGUGAGGAUGAUGAAGAUAAAGCUCAGCGCUGUGAUCCGAGCGUCCAUGAACAUCACACAGAAAACCACACAGAUUGUACCAAACGUGAGCUCAGCGUUUCUCCAGAUGAACUUCAGGAUGGCCAGGACAAACACGGUUACUCUUACCGCAAGGAACCAAGUUACUUUGAGAUCCCCACAAAGGAGAUCCAUUCAAAGCCCAAAACUGCUUCCCAGGAAGUCCAAGAGAUUCCCACAAAAGACACGGAGCACAAACCCCCCGCCAAGCCCUCGGUAGUUCAGGGCCAUGCCUCCUUCACCAUCGAGUUUGAUGACCAAACCCCUGGAAAGAUGAAGAUCAAGGACCACGUCUCCAAGCUCUCCAUCCGUCAGAGCAGGAAGCCCAGCAAGGAGUCGAUUGCCAGGCUCCCGGAAGUGAUGUCGGUGGAGAACAAAGUUGCUGAUUGGUUGGUUCAGAGUGAUGCUACUAUGAAAAAGAGUCUAGAACAGCGCUUUGAUUCAGACGAGCUCUUGAACAAGACCUUAAAAGAUGCACACCAUCAUGAAGACCCUGAUUUUGAUGAACUGGAUGAAACGCAAAUGAUUCAGUCACAAAAGAUCAAUCAAGAACCGGAGGGAGAAGAUUACCCAACUAACUACACUUCAAAAAGCCUAGGCAAACCGGAUCCCCAGCAAGCUUUUGUGAUUGAGUUUUUUGAAGAUACAGAACGAAAAAAGCGCUCGGAGUCGUUCACUAAUAACAUGUCUUCUCCCGACUUCCAGUCUGCUCUAAAAAGCAGAUUAGACAAACGGAAAGGUGGAGAACGGUCAACAUCAUCCACACAUAAUCCACCCACGCAACAGUUCACGAUUCCCCUCAAAGGUCCAGAUGGUCUUCAGCGGGCUGGAUCCCUCAGACGAGAGAAGACUGAAGUCCGUAUGAGCACCUCUGGCCUCAGCUCGCGCUCUUCGUCUAAAACUUUCGGCAGCGUCGGCCGGAGAUCCAAACUGUCGCAGGACUUUGCUGCGGAGUUGCUCAGGGUCUCGAAACCCAGUCCUGCUCCCACAUGGGACGUUAACUCGACUUGGGUGAAGACCUCGUCAUCUAAUGCUGGAUCCUCGGUGACACAGAGUUUUCCUGCUACGUCUCAUACAGUGAAUCAGUCAAUUAAAUCUUCCUUUGCACUCAAGGAAGACAACAGUACAGAGGCCAAACCUUUGGUUCUCAAGCAGCAGGAAGAGGAUGACAGUUUAAGUGAUGCUGGUACUUACACCGUUGAAGCCGAAAGUCCAGACAAAGAGGUUGUGGAGGCACGGAGCUUGAUCGAUCAGGUGUUUGGUGUUUGUGACAACAGCCAAACCUCAGCAGCAGCAACAGUUAAGCCUAUAGUUGGUGACACUGAGGGUCACAAUAGUCUUCUUCUCAGUGAGAAUAGCUCAAGCCCAAAAUUGGGUCAAUACUCAACAGACCUUAGUGACACAGCCAAGGGUCCUGUACAGAUACAGUCGAUGACGACAUUAACGCCCAAAGGCACAAGGUGGGUUUCUCGUUGGGCCAGUUUGGCUGACACCUAUUCAGACUCUGGUCCUGCUUCAGGACUCUUUGAUAGCCCAACACAGGCUGAUCUUUCUACCAGAGCUGGUGAAAGGAUCAACCACCAGGUUGUGCUUAACCGAAGUGCUGACUUCUCAGAAACCGGCCAAAGCGGCAGAUCAAGACGAGUUCUGCCUCAGGUUCCUUCGAAGGAGAAGAUUGAGACACCACCGCCAACAAUACACAUCCAAACAGAUUCUCACCUGUCCGGGGUGGAGCAGAAUUCGCAAGUUCAGAAGCAAAAGUGGGAUCCGCAGAAACUAAGUGUCCAAGAUGAUCUGGAUCCGGACAGCUUGAGCGAUGCCAGCAAAUCCGAUGAUGGCUCUGUAGUUGAGCAAUGCAGGAAGACUCCUGAUUCGACCCAGAAGAUGUGGAACCGGUCUAUAAAGACCAGUCAAGAAGAGGCAAAAGAUUUAACCUCUAAGUUCUCCACAGCAACAUUAACACGACAGCAUGGCAAACUUAGCAAUAGCGACUGUUCACCACCCAACAUUGAUCAACCAGAUGACUCUGUUGGUGGAGACAAUUUAGUGUCCAUUGUUAGACAAGAAAGUUAUACCAAAGAAAGGACCAACGAUGACAUCCACUUGUCCAGAUUGCCUCAAAUAUCUAUGCAACCCUCUAGCAAAGAUUCUUUUAAAGGUAUAAGCAAUCAAGACACUCAAUCUUACCUCAAAGACACUGAGGAUGUUCUAGCAUCUCUGGAAGCAAAGCUUCUGGUUAAACACCAGCAGCAAGACAACAACGGUCGCUCCCACCUGGAGGACUCCUUCUCUGGAGAAUCCGACACUUCCAGUACAAUCAGCGGGAAAAACGCUUUAGUUUCCAUGCCAAAGAAGCCAGUGGUCCUCAGAGGACACUUGAGAGAGUCCAGAGAACCUAAGACUUCUGGUGAUCCAUCUUGCCAACCCGGGAUAAAGGACCGCAAUGGCAAGGUAGAUCCAAGCAAGCAUUUUCAACUCCGUCGUAACCUCAGUUCUCAAGACUUUGGACCUGAUCUUCAAAGUCCCACCACACGGCACUGGCCGGAUGCCGUCUCCGACCAAGAAUUAAGUUCCCUACCUUACAAAAAGUACACUGUUCCUCUUAAAAAGGAUGGUACGAGCAAAUCCAAAGAGCACAAUGCUCUAGCUCGCUCUAAUAGCCUCUCCGCUCCGAAACCGACAAGGGCUUCGAUGCUUCGCCGAGCCCGUUUGGGUGAAGCCUCCGACAACGAAGGCACCGAAACCGAUCGGACGUCUCAAAACUCUGACGUCAACCCCUCGGCAAACAUUCGAGGUGCUCAGGAGAGCAAGAAGCUCUCUCGAUUGGACAUUUUGGCUCAACCCAGGAAAAGGACGAGCUCCUUCAACACUCCCAGUGACACAGAGUCUUCCACGAGCCGGACAGGAUUUUCAAACCGUAGCACCGAGUCAAGCAGCUCUGUGCGGAAAGCUUCUGUCCCAGAUCCCAAGGCUCUUCUCCGGAAGGUUUCGAACGCUGUGAACAGGCAGCCGAUCAUCCGCGGACGCUCAAGCAGUGCCAAAUACACCAGUAGCACUGCCAGCUCCAGGAGGCGUCAGAAGGGUUCAGACUACGCCUCCACCUCGGAGGACGAGUACGAGUCUAACCAUAGCAUCCCUAAACACAAACGCUCCCAUCAUUCAGGAUCCCAGCAGAACCCCAGAAUCCCUCCGACCGGUCCGGUGCGAGCCAUGCCUCGCUCGAGAGACUCCGAGGGGGAAGGACACGAGAGCGAUGCCUUCCAGAACUGGACGUCUCAUAGCGCGGAGAUCGCCAGAUUGAGUCAAGACUUGGCCAAAGAUUUGGCUAUUCUGGCCCAAGAGAUUCAUGAUGUUGCUGGAGACACAGAAGCUCAGAGUUCUCCAACAGACAAGACAGAACCAGCCACAUCUACCCAUGAAGAGCACCAGAUUCCCGAAGCCGGUCUGAAUUUCCCGAAGGAAUCUCCUGCCGCCGCGGCUGACGACUCGGAGCAGAUCGUUAGUAAUCGAGAGAGCAUGGGAGCAGACGAGGUCACACUGAACAAUGUGAUGCUGAAUCCAGUGUCUCAACUGUCUCUGGCCAUCCGUGAAAACACAGAGCAGCUGACGGAGAAGAUCAAGGCUAUGUUUCAUAAUAAAAUGGACGUUUUGGGAGAAAUUGAGGCGAAGAUCAAUGAGGCUGAUGAUUCUCCACCAAUGAAAACCUCAAACAAGGAGAUUGCAUCAAUCCUGAAAGAGCUGUGGAGAGUCCAGAAACAGCUGGAAGUCAUCAACGCCGUCAUGGAUCCUCGAGGAAACCCGGAUCUCAUCCGCAGGGUUUCUUCCGCCGCGCUUCGCAGCUCCAGAGCGAUGCAUCGAGGCGGUGGAGCCACACCGACCAGCCGGAGAACGUUCAGGAGCACAGACCGAGAGAGUCCACUCAUCUGACCUUCUCUUUUCAAUAUCGAUCAGCAUUUGCACAUUUCUAUUCCUCCAGACAGACCUGGAUGGUGGUUUCAGUCGCUCGAGGCUUCGAGAAACUCCAGAGUUUUGCAUUAAAUGUAGAUACACUAUUAUUGAUUUUUCUGUGUCUUUGUUAUUUGUGACGAUUGUUGUAUGGUCGAAUAAUUCACAUGAUUAUUUAAAUCACUUUAAGUCUCUGUUGGACAGGGUAUUUGUACAUUUAAAGAUCAUUAAAGAAUUCAAAAGUG